AUGUUCAAACAAUUACAGACAGAUGACAAAAUUUGGGCGAAGUUGUUCGGUGCGGUCGAUCUAGUCUCGCGUGGUGUUGACGUUUUUUCCCACUUCGGCGUGGUGGAAUACCUGACAGCGUAUGGGCUAGUGGUGGAUCCCACAUGGCGCGGCUGCAGUAUUGGCAAGGAGAUGCUGUUAGCACGGUAUGUUUUCUACGAUAUUUUAUUAUUCUUUGAUAUCAUAUUAAAGUAA